CAGACUGUACACCGUGUGGAGAGUAGCAAAUUUUCAAGCGCCUGUCACAUUCAAGUUUCGGGAUACGUCGGUUUUUACAAAAAUAGGGACUUACUAGUAUUGAAAAGGACGGGACACCGGAUUCCCAGAGCGUGCACAUUGUUAACAUUCUACAUAUCGUCUGCUACGGAAGCUCGGGUGGAUGUUGGACAUCAGUCGCGGUCGUGACUCGUUUUACCCUUGGUGUGACACGGGUAAAGCCAGCAAACUGGCGGUCAAAACCAUGGUCCACUGUGCUGGAUGCGAAAGGCCGAUACUGGAUCGGUUUUUGCUCAAUGUUCUGGACCGGGCUUGGCAUGCUAAGUGCGUCCAGUGCGCGGACUGUAAGGCUAACCUGACUGAGAAAUGUUUCAGCCGGGAUGGCAAGCUUUAUUGUAGGAAUGACUUCUUCAGAAAAUUUGGUACAAAGUGUGCUGGUUGUGGUCAGGGAAUAUCACCGAGUGACCUCGUGCGGCGGGCGAGAAGUAAAGUGUUCCAUCUCAAAUGUUUCACGUGCGUCGUCUGUAGAAAACAGUUAUCAACCGGAGAAGAAUUAUAUAUCUUAGAUGAAAACAGAUUCAUAUGUAAAGAAGAUUAUUUAAAAGGUGGUUCUGAUGUAGAAAUGGACGACCACGACGAACUGGACUUGGAAAGCCAACUAAAUGACAAUCCUGGUAGCGUGGCUUCAGACAAGGACCCUCUUCUUGACGAUGAUUGUAAUGAUGAUGGCUCCAUCAUCAGUGGGUCGAACACUAACGUAGCCAGCCCUCCUAAUCCGUCAACAAAUGGUACAUCAGUGGGGACUCCCUCAGUACCCUCGCCUAGGGAACCUAAUAAUAACAACACGAACACUAGUAACAAAGAAAACAUGGACGAAUCUCCCUUGAUAAAACAGGAAACGGACUCAGAAACUGUAACAACUACUGGUAAAGAUGAAAACAGUUCUGGCGGCGGAACAAAACGACGGGGGCCUCGGACUACUAUUAAAGCUAAACAACUUGAGACUCUUAAAGCCGCUUUCAACGCCACGCCCAAGCCUACGCGGCAUAUUCGGGAACAGUUAGCUCAAGAAACGGGACUUAAUAUGCGGGUUAUUCAGGUAUGGUUCCAAAACAGACGGUCAAAAGAACGGCGGAUGAAGCAGUUGAGUGCUUUAGGGGCGAGGCGGCAUUUCUUCAGGAACCCUCGGCGGAUGCGAGCGCUCAGGGCGGGUAUGUCACCCCAUGAGCUGGACGAUAGCCCCGAGAUGAUGGGAACGCCGGGAUCUUAUUAUUAUGGAGAUAACGGUCAGGAUUUCUACCCAGGUUACCAAGGAUACGGAGACUUCUUCCCCGGGCAGGAUGGACACGGCAGCUUAAACUUUUUACCUCACAAUGGUCCAAUGGACGGUGUACCACCAGGAAGCAUCGCCCCGGACGGUCAGUUUGUCCACCACGACAUGAUGGUACCAACCAGUAGUCCCGAACCACAAAUGCCCCCCAUGUCCCACCCAGAUUUCCCUAACGGUCUACCUCGAGGCGCCAUUCCAUCGAAUUACGGACACAUACCACAUGGACCACCGCCGGAAAUGACGUCGGAAGCAUGGUGACAGAUGUAAAUAAAAUUCUAUUGGAUAAUUCGUAUCACGUGACGGAGCAAUGGCCAAUAGCGCCUGCUCAGUGCGCCAGAUUCGGCUUCUGCGCACUGAUAUGGACUGAUCUAAAAUAAGUAUUACGCUUAUUCAUUGGUGCAUCGUCCGAUCAGGGACUCUAAAAUCUUGUGGAGAUGAACUGAGCGCCGUAUGUUCGCGUCAUCGUGUUGAAGUCCUGUAUUUAUGGGCUCGCUGUGCUAAAAUGACUUUGAAUGCGAGUCCAAUUCCGAAGUAGAAAUGAUACGCCAGGUAUUGAUCUAUAUCUGAUUCACCCAUGAACUCUCGUGCGCAAAGGACACUUCAAUGAAAGGCCUGAAGAACGCAGAAGAAGACAUGAGACCUUUCCAAAUCCUUUUCCCAGUGCGAUGUGAUUCAAAAUUAUCAUGGCUGUUCCAAAAUUUCCGAGUGUCAUAUGAUUGGAAAGUAUCCUGACACAUCCGAAUAGUCGUCUUUCAUUGAAUAGGUUCUUUGUGCUAAAGAGGUUUUAACUUAUUUUUGUGUUUCUGGAUAGAUGGUAAUUGGCAGUCUUCUACAAUAAUGCCUGCAAGCGGUUACUGGUGAAACCCGAAAUGAAGUGUUGAAAUUGUUUGAAAUCAUCAAAAUCGUCGUACUGACAAAUGACACCAAAACUCCGCAACCCGAAUGAAAGUUCGCAGUUGACAAUGCAUUGAAACUACGAGCUAUACUAGUACCAGCCAUAGUUUCGAAUUACCUUACUAGCAGUCGUUCAGUUCGAGGGAGCAUUUAAUGGGUUAGAUUCAUUCCUAUCGACGAUUUCGUUUACAUGUAGCUUUCAUAUCAUUCCUGGCUUUACUAGUAACCCCUGCCGGCUCUCCUGCAUCAAAUCGAAUCAGAAAUGGCUAUGGUAUUGUACAGUUUUCUAGCAUGUCGACUUUUCUACAGUUACAAGAAGAGCUUCUAAAUUGAUGUGAUAAAGUCCAAGGUGGGGAGAGUUUAGAGUAUUUAUGGUAGAGAUAUAGAAAAUAUAAUUAUUUUUACUAAGGAAGGAGACUGAGAGGUGCAUUUUUGUCGUAUGAUAUUGUGAAAUUAUGUCGUCAUUUGUUGGGUUCUCAUUUUGUUCGUCAUGACUCGUGGUUUACGUGGCUCUCUUCCAUUGGUUCUGUUGUAGAUGUAAAUGUGUAUGUUAUAUCAAUCUAUGUCCUCUCAGUAUCUGGCACGUGGCGAUGACUGCGAAACCAAAAUCAGAGUUGCUGCGUAAUCAAAUCAGAGUUGGUCUAAGUCACAUGAGUAUGGUCUCGGUGUUGGACGAUUAAGCUACCUACAAGAGAGUAUUUCGAGUAACUUCUGCAGGGUUCCUCCUCCACGUGGGCCGCAAACUUCCUUUCUAUUACAAGAGGUUGCGCCUGCACAAAGCAGGUUUCUGCUGUUGGAUUGCCCUUGAUGGUUCACGAUGUCUCUCAACGGACGCCCGAGUCGUGGGGAAUCCCUGCAGAAUCAAACCAUGACAUGACUGCUAUAUCUUGGACUACCAGUCUCUUUCCGCGUUUGGUGUUAAAAUGUGGGAUGUUUCAAUCCAUCGGUGUUCCCUGGUGACACUUCUGGAAGCCAUUUAUUGCUGAUUGGAUUUACAUGAACCUUGUUCAGUCCUCUUGAAAACACUUUUUACGUAACGUGAUUUUCUGGUUAUGGACGUCAAGCAAAAGUUUUGAAUCUGAUUUCUGUUAUUUUCCGUUUCUGUUGAAGCCAGAACUCGAGGGAACACCAUCACUUGAAAUAUGACUGGGUAGACCAAGAAUUGAUUGUUCAAAACAGCAUUAUCACUAACACUGGCGUUAAGUAAAAUUGCAGACUUAUCUGAAGAAGAUAACGCUCACUUUAUGCCAGCGUUAGCGAAAAUGAUAUCAAAAUGAUGUUUUGAACUGUUGCGCAGAAAUACCAUAGAAUCCUGGUAUUUCAGGAUGCUGGUUUCACUUUGAGAUGUAAUAUAUUCACGGUCUUGGGACGUGGGCAUCACGUUAACCGAUGGCGUAAUCAUGAUAUUUUAUUUGAAAACAAACUAGUCUAUAAAUAAAGAUGCCAA